AUGAUGGAAAAUGAAGAGUUAAAAUUAGGAACUGAGUUGAAUGGUAAAAAAUGUGACCUAACGGAAGAAAAAGAUGGUCACGCAAGUGGCUCAUCAAAUUUUCUAGAUAAGACUGCUCACAAUAUCGACAAUUUGAAAUCUAUUGAUUUCAAUUCAGCUGACGAAGUGAGACAAAAAAUGAAACAAAUUUUCGGACAAGGAUUAAAGUUUGACGAUACAGCUGAUGACAUAAUUAAUGUAAGAAAUGCUGGAGAUCACGAAACAGAGAAAAACAUAUUACAAAAACAUUUAAUGACGAAGGAUAAAGAAACGGAUAAUCCAAAACGGGAUGAAGAUCACAAGACCUUAGAUUCAAAUUGUUUGCGCUGUUCAUCAAAAAAUCAUAUUGGAACGUCUAGAAAGAGGCCAGGAAGACCACCUAAAGCUGGUCCCUCAAGAAAACUAAAGAAACAAAGCGUAUCGUCUAUGUAUUUGGGAAAAUUAACCAACGUUGUGUUCCUAAAACGUUUCGGAUCGAGCAAUGUUUCUGAUAUAGAGUCGUUAGAUCUCUUAUAA